AUGUCUUUUAAUGCAAAGAGAGAAAUGGGAACUGGAUUUGACAUAACAAACUUCAUCACCUUCCCAAACAAGUCCUUUCUCAGAGUGAAGGUUGGAAGAGUGGAUCCCAAUGCUCUUGAAGGACAAGAAUUCAUCAUUCAAAAGGAAAUGAUUUCGUGGCCAAGGAAUAUGAGCCAACAGGGGGUGCCCCUUUCCUUGUGCAAUGAUUACUGCCCGCCUGGCUAUCACAAGAGGAAGAAGGAAGGGAAGAAAUUUUGCUGCUACGAUUGUGCUCCGUGUCCACAAGGGAAGAUUUCAAACCAUGUGGAUAUGGAUGACUGUGUUGUAUGUCAGGAAAAUCAGUAUCCAAGCAAGGAUCAAGAUCAAUGUAUUCCCAAAAUAACAAACUUCCUAUCUUAUGAAGAACCUUUAGGGAUCUCUUUGACUUCCAUUGCUGUGACCUUAUCUAUAAUCACACUGUUGGUUCUAGGAAUUUUUAUUAAAUACAAAGAUACCCCCAUAGUCAAAGCCAACAACCGAGAUCUCAGCUACACACUUCUGGUCUCCCUUCUGUUCUGUUUCCUCUGUUCUUUGCUUUUCCUUGGAAAACCAAGGAAAUUAACUUGCUGGCUCCAGCAACCUGCCUUUGGCAUCAUCUUCUCAGUGGCUGUUUCUUGUGUGUUGGCCAAAACCAUCACUGUGGUUGUAGCUUUUAUGGCCACCAAACCAGGGAGCAGCAUGAGAAAGUGGGUGGGGAGAAGACUGAGCAAUUCAAUUGUCCUUUCCUGCUCUCUUAUUCAAGCAGGGGUUUGUGUAUUGUGGCUAGGAACUUCCCCCCCUUUCCCAGAUUUAGAUGCACAGUCCUUGACUGAAGAGAUAGCGAUACAAUGCAAUGCAGGGUCUAUUACCAUGUUCUACAUGAUCCUCGGCUACAUGGGACUUCUGUCCAUUCUCAGUUUGAUGGUGGCAUUCCUUGCUAGGAAUUUGCCAGACAGUUUCAAUGAGGCCAAGUUCAUCACCUUCAGUAUGCUGAUAUUUUUCAGUGUUUGGUUGUCAUUUGUUCCAACCUACCUGAGCACCAAAGGUAAAUACAUGGUAGCUGUGGAGAUCUUCUCCAUCUUGGCCUCCAGCAGUGGGUUACUAUGCUUUAUCUUUUUCCCAAAAUGUUACAUUAUUUUGCUGAGGCCUCAACUGAAUCACAGAGAACAGCUAAUUAGGAGAAAUACUUAG